CCUGGAUGUGGACCCACACGUGGACAGAACGACCCGCAGCCCACUCACUGAAACACACGGAGCACUCACAGCGGCAGCAACAUGUCGGUCGACAGCGUGUUCAGGACCCGCUCCCUCGGUGUAGCCGCCGAGGGUCUUCCUGACCAGUACGCCGAUGGCAAAGCGGCCAAAGUGUGGCAGCUGUACAUCGGGGACACGCAGAGCCGGACGCAGGAGUACAAGAGCUGGGUGGUGUCUCUGCUGAAGGAGCAGGGGGUGCGGAAGGUGCUGGAUGUCGCUUGCGGAACCGGAGUGGACUCCAUCAUGCUGGUGGAGGAGGGCUUCAAUAUGGUGAGUGUGGAUGCCAGUGACAAAAUGCUGAAGUACGCGCUGAAGACAAGAUGGGACAGAAGAAAAGAACAAGCUUUUGAUCAGUGGGUUAUUGAAGAAGCCAACUGGCUGUCGUUAUCAGAAGAUAUUCAGAAGCCAGGGGAUGGUUUUGACGCGGUCAUCUGCCUGGGCAACUCAUUUGCCCAUUUACCAGACUUUAAAGGGGACCAGAGUGACCAUCAGCUUGCCCUUCAGAACAUUGCCAGUAUGGUCAGACCAGGUGGCAUCCUCAUCAUUGACCACCGAAACUACGACUACAUCCUUGAGACUGGGAAGGCGCCGAAAGGCAAAAACAUUUACUACAAGAGUGAUCUAACUCAGGACAUCUCUACCUCGGUGCUGUGGGUCAACAGUAAGCCUCAUAUGAUCACUCUGGAUUACACCAUCCAAGUGCCCAUGGCAACCGAACAGAAUCUCCCUGAAGUCAGUAAAUUCCGUCUGUCCUACUAUCCUCACCGUCUGGAGAACUUCAAAGGGCUGCUGAACAAGGCCUUCAACGGCAAACUGGAGCACAGCGUCUAUGGAGACUUCAAGACAUACGUCCCCAGCCAGACCCAGGCUCCCUGCUACUUCAUCCAUGUCUGUAAAAAGUCCGCCUGAGAGUCUUAUAGCCCUAAAAAUGAAACGGUUCUGUUUUGUCAGCAACAACGAUUACAUCGAGUCUAGUUUAUCGGAUAUUAACCCAAUUAAGCAAAUAUUCUGAAUAAGACACUACUGUUCUGAUUACCUUAACCCUAAUAAGGUCAUACUCAGAAUAAGUAAUAUUUGAAUUAGGACAUGAGUAGUAUUUCAUCCCUGGUCACAUUAUCUAGACAAGUAUACAUCUUGAUCACAGUAUAACGCCUUAUUAGAAUUUAUACAGCAUUUUGCGACAUCAACAUUUGUAGCUAUUGAAAAAUUAGGAAGAAAACACCUAGCAAACGGUAGCAUUGUACAUUCAGGUUGGGAUUUUAAAACCUGAGGAGCAUAAUCGGGUUCUGUUAUGUGACAUGGAAUAUGUAUGGAGAAUUCUAUUAGGAACUCAUGUCAACAUCAAAAUCGCAGUAAUGUCUUAUUCAGAAUAAGGUGAAUUGUCCAAAUUUUGGUGUCCAUGUAAAUGGCGUCAUUGACGAGAACAUAGAGACUGAACAUGUUCCUGUUAGACUGUGCAUUAUUAUUGGAUAAAUAAUAUGAUUGGCCUUUUAAGAAAAUGUAUCAGUACAUUUAAUGACCUUGAAAUUUGUUUAUCGUACAGCCGCUAAAAGUUUCCAUUUUCUUUAAUAACUUUAAAAUGAUGACUCUAAACUGUUAGUGGCAGAGCCUCUUUUCUUUCCAAGGAGCAGCUGGUUGGUUUUCAUCUCAAUAUGUUCUCACAGCUCAAACCUACUUUGAAAAAUUUAUUCAAUAUGUAUCGGACCACCGUUUUUGUCCAGAUGUGAUAUUUUCCCAGAAUGCAGUGCUUUGUCUGCUGUGGCAUUUCCCCCAUUUCUGUUUCCCAUUCACAUUAGUGAUAUUCCUCUUGAUGGAAUACUUGAUUUUUGUUGCAAAUAAUGUUCAAAGUUCUAAGAUUUACCAUAUGCUUAGUCAUUUGUAUCCUGUGAGUUCAUCACAAGCGUCUUAAAAACACAGAUGAAGCCUUUAUUUUCAAGCUUAUUUCAUUCUGUGUUCAUUUCUCAGUUCAUUUAUUUCAGGGAAUAAUCACUGAUACAGCCAGUGAGGCUUGUGACUCACAUUAGUGUUCGACGCCUUUCAGACAUGGUAUUGACAUCCGUCCUGAGAGCUGCAAUCACAAGUGGUCAGUGCUAAGUUCAGGGGUUAACACACCCAAAUGUGUCCUGAGAUCUGAUCACUCUUACCACAUUCAGAGGUGAUCUGAUGUGGCCACUGUGAGUGUGUGUCCUCUUUGACCGCUGUCCACUUGUGAGCAGAUCUCUCACGAUGAAAAAUAUACCUGGUCUCAAAAGGGCCUUAGUUUAACUGGCUCAAACAGAAUGGAGAGUGGGUGUCAGUCAAAAUCCAUCUUCCUGAAGUCGUAUAUCUCUUCACUAAACCCUGACCGGCUCUAGAGCUAUUUGACCUCUGACCUCUUUCAUGAAAAACACGUGAAUUAGGUGAAUUUUCUGUUAUAUAUAUUUCUCUUAUUUUGUGGUACUGUUAACUCAUUUCUGGUUGUUACUUGCAACAGACCAGCAGUGAGUCUCUUAUGUUUGAGGUAAAAAAUAAAUCUGAAUUCCUGCUGAGGAUUCAAUCCAAAACCACUAACUGAUUAAUUUCAGGAAAAAUCUGCUGGGUUUAGUAAACUCGCAAUAUAAUGCAUGACUUUAAUAAAUCCCUUAAAAAACAUUUUAGCAACCAAAGAUGUUCAAAAAAUUUUGUUUGCUCUAUCUUGUAAUUUUUGUAUGACAGAUUUAUUUCGCAGGGUCUCAAAUAAUUGAGUUUACCCAAAUAAUGAAGGGGAACGUGAUGGGUGAAUAGUUUAUUGAGGUUAAAAUGUGUUUCACUUUGAAACUAAAUUAGAGUUUUUUUGAUUAGAAGUAGUCAAAUAUUAUCGCGUUCUUUGACUUUGCUGUGUGAGAUAGUUUGUGAUUGAGUUGAGAUUUAACAGCAUCAGAGUGGCUGAAUGUUUGAGUAGGUUCAGGUAGAAAUAAAACCAUUUCAGAACAUUCUUACUGUUAUAUAAUUAUUAGACAAUGUAAAAUUUGUAUACAGUUUAUUGCUGAUACAAUUCUUUUGCAUGUCAUUAAAGUUGGAAAAAGUAA